GACUGCUAGCGGCAGCAACCGAAAUAAAAACAGAAGAUUUCAUCAGUUCUCUCUAUCUUAAAUGGAAAAAAUCGGAUAACAAUUAUAACGUCUUUCCAAGCAAAACAAUUGCUGAACGACUGGCCGCCGUUUCCCCCUCUUUACGUUUCCCUGACGUCUGUCUACCUUGAAAGCAUGGAUGAUGAUGCUGAGGGCCCUGGGGCCCUAUGUGACCUCUGUCUGGCUCAGGUGUGCCACAACCUGGACGCUCUGUGCAGCAAGCGAGCAGACGGCUCUAUGUGUCUCAGCUGGGCCCCACUUUUUCCACAAGAAAUGGCUGACCAGUUACUACAUAAGAUGGCCACUAAAGGCAUACUGAAUGAUGAAACUGUUGGCAUUUUCCGAAACUCCAAAGAGCUGCGCCUGCGCCGGGCCUCCAUCCGCUCCUGCCCAGUGUCUGCGGAAGCUUUUCGCCUGGCCCUCUGCCCCCACCGACUACAGGAACUAGAUGCCUCAUGGGUCUCUGGAGGCCUCACUGGAGCUAGCAUCAUCUCAGGCCUUGCCUCAAACCUGGAGUGCAGAUCUAGCCUGCAGAGACUGUCCCUCAAUGGGCUACAUCUGGACUGGGACUCUCUUGGUGAGGGUGAUGGAAGGGAGCAUGUUGGUUUCAGUUCCCUGCGUUGCUUGAGGACACUCAGCCUUGCCAACACAGACCUGACUGAUGCUGCCCUUGAGGAUAUCUGCUCUCUCCCCCAUUUGGAGAGUCUGGACAUAUCCUGUAGUGUGGUAACAAAGCUUACCGCUCUCCUUGAUUGUAGGAACACCCUGAAAUCUUUGAUCGCUCACCAGCUGAGGCAGCUGGACAUGUCGCCUGCCAGGUUGCUGUCUGUCCUCAGUCAGCUUCACGCUCUCAGGCAUCUGGACUUUUCAGAUGAUCAUUUUACCAUGGAUGACAGCGACGGGAGGGAGGGGGAUGAAACAGUGAGGCAGCUUCUGGAGGGGAGUCCCCAGGUCCUGCCAUCCCUUGUCUCUCUGGAUAUCUCUGGACGUAAAAGAGUCACAGAAGCAGCAGUCAGAGCAUUUGUGGAGGCUAGGAGUGGAUUGGUCUUCUUAGGCCUGUUAGCCACCGGGGCUAGCUCCUGUGACGUCCUGUCCUCACAGAAGAACCUCAAAGUAACCGGAGAGGCUAAUGAGAACCAGGUGUGUGAGGCCCUGAGACGCUACAGAGACCGUGAGUGUUUCAUACGAGAGGCCCUAGUCCAUCUCUACAAUCUAAUCACUGACAUCGACAAACCACGAGAAGAUCUACUAAAGUUGGUGCUGAGUGGGAUGCAGAGCCACCCCACCUCCCUGCAUAUCCACUUGGUGGCGACAGCGUGUGUGUUCAACCUGACCACUCAGGACCUGGCUGAGGCCAUGCCUGUCAGCCUGAUCAGCAGCACUGCCACCCAGCUGCUGCACUCCAUGAAGACCUUUCCUCAUCACCAACAGUUGCAGAAGAACUGUCUGCUUGCAUUCUGCAGUGAAUACAUCCUCCAGGAUGUCCCUUUUGACAAGUAUUUAGCAGCCACGCUGGUGAUUAACUGGCUAAGCAACCACGAGGACCCGACCCUCCAGAGGAUGGCUGUGGCUGUCAUCUCCAUUCUGGUGGCCAAGCUGUCCACUGAAGAGACUGCUCAGCUUGCAAAGGACAUCUCUAUUAUGAAGCAGCUGCUGGCAAUCGUGCAGCAGAAAGCCAUGGUUGGAGUGGUGGACUCCACUCUGAAGUUCGCCCUGAGUGCUCUCUGGAACCUGACGGAUGAGAUGCCCACUGCUGCUCGCAAUUUCAUUGAGUGCCAGGGCCUGGAGCUGUACGAGGAGGUUCUGGAGUCCUACUACACUGAGCCUUCAAUUCAGCAGAAAGUGCUUGGCCUCCUGAAUAACAUUGCAGAAGUGGAGGAGUUACAGUCUGACCUGAUGGAGGAGGAUCUGCUGGAGCACAUCCUCAGCCUGCUGCAGGACUCUCAGAUGGAGGUGGGGGUCCGCUAUUUUGCAGGGGGAAUCCUGGCACACCUCGCCUCCAGAGUUGAGGCCUGGAGCCUGGACGAAGAACUCCGCAGUGCCGUACUGGACCAGCUGCAUGCAUCCAUAAUGACGUGGACCCAGCUGGAGAGGGAGAUGGUCUCUUACAGGUCAUUCAGUCCAUUUUUCAGAUUGCUGCAGACCGGUCAGCCCUCAGGAGUGCAGCUGUGGGCAGUCUGGGCCAUACAUCUGGUCUGCAGUCAAAACACUUCACAUUACAGCAGCAUGCUGGAGCAGGAGGGCGUGACUGAACUCCUGAAGGCUUUGGCUGCACAUCCUGACACACACAUGGACAUUAAAGGGCUUUCAAACGGAAUCCUACGAAUGGUAGAGGAACACUUGAGUCACCAGGGGCCCUUAGACCCUGAGAUGGGUCCUAGAAACUCUGGACAAACAAGAUAGAUUUGUUGUCUUUGAGCUUUGCUUUAAAACAUGCUUGACACAGGGCUGCAGAUGUAAAAUUACAGACAGUUUAUGUUUAUCCUCUUGGAUUUUAAGGUGGAUAAAUAAGUAAUUUACUGUGUAUUUUAUACAAUAGUACUCUUGUUAUGAAAAUAAAUGUAUGCUGUUAUUUUA